CACGGGUAGGGCGUGGCCACGUUCGUGACGCACAUAUCACGUGACGGUAACAGGGUGGUGGGGGUGGUCUUGGACGGUGUCGGCGACGGUGACGGCUUCCCAGAGGGAAAACAACAAUCCCGCCGCUGGUUUGCCAGGAAGUGCUGACAUUUCUGACUCUUCAUUGUUGCUCGUUUUGUGUCAGCGCUGGCCUCUUAUGCAGCCAUGUCUUAUGGACGGGUUGAAGAUGGUCGUUUCAGUUACCACUCUCAAUCCCAGGACUUCAACAGCCUCAUUCAAACAUGCAGCGCCAACAUCCAGACGAUCUCACGGAAUACUGCACAGAUAAAUACAAUAGUGCAACAACUAGGAACACAACAAGAUACAAGUGAACUUCAGGACAGACUGCAACAGCUGCAGCACUACACAAAUCAGCUCGCCAAGGAAACCAAUAAACACCUGAAAGAACUUGGAUCCCUGCCUUUAACAUACAAUGAACAGCGACAGCAGCGAAUGCAGAAGGAACGUCUCAUGAAUGAAUUUUCUGCAGCCCUGAACAACUUCCAAGUAGCGCAGAGGAAAGCUGCAGAAAAAGAGAGAGAGUCUGUAGCGAGAGCAAGAGCAGCAUCACGCCUCUCAAGUGGCUUCAGUGAUGACGAGCACAAGGAGGAACCACUUGUAUCAUUUGAAAGUAAUGAAGACUGGAGUCAGACACAAGCUCACUCACAGGAGGUAGCAAUAACUGAAGAAGACCUGGAACUUAUAAAGGAACGAGAGACAGCAAUCCAGCAACUGGAGGCUAACAUCUUGGAUGUCAACCAGAUUUUUAAAGACUUAGCAAUGAUGAUCCAUGAUCAAGGAGAUAUGAUUGAUAGCAUAGAAGCAAAUGUGGAGAGUGCAGAAGUACAUGUUGAACAAGGAAGUCACCAGUUGCAGAGGGCAGCUUAUUAUCAGAAAAAAUCCCGCAAGAAAUUGUGCAUCCUGAUUAUAGUUCUUGCAGUGGUUGGUGUCGUUUUGGGCCUUAUCAUUUGGUGGGCAUCCAAAUAGAGCUUCCAUGGAAAACACUGCAUCUCGCGACAUGGGGAAAAUUAAAACUGUACACCAGUGGAAGUCAAUGGACGAUUUUCUCUGCAAGUUCACUGAGGGUGUAACUUAUCAAUUUGUCGUGAAUUUCAUGAAAUGAGAACCAACACCUAGAAAGAGGUCACGUUAUUUAUUUUAUGUGCACAAUAAUGUAAUAUUUACCCUUUGUUUCCAUUUGUUUGUGCACUGUGAAUUUAAAAAAAUUGCUACUUGUUUAAAGCAACAAAGUCUGUAAAGCUUUAUCAUCUGAUGUGUUUUGUAAUGAUGUGCAAGUGGCUUGGAUUUUCAAUGUCACUCGGUUAGAUUUUACACUUGGGGGAGUCCAACAUGGCAAUGAUCCUUUUUAUCAAUUUUUGCAAGUCAAAAACCAAUUACCAUUGCUCUCCUCCUCUCCAUCUGGACAAAUACCACUAUGCUGUAAAUUCCUUCUUAACCUAUUUGUCCUAAAUUUGCCUCAUGCUUUACAGUGUAAAAUAUGGAUUAUUGGCAAUGGAAUAUCAAUCUUUUUGACAUCUGUCUCAAUACCGCUAGAUCAUGAUGGGCUUUUCAGUGAUGCAAUUUUUAUUGGCAAACAUUAGAUCACUGAUUCCUGCCCAGUGAUUUGAAAGCAGAAACAAAAACCGUUACUGUCAAACAGAUUUGAGUUGAUCACCAUUUUUUUGUUCCUAGUUUGUCUAAUAUAAUCAGACAUGUACAUUGCAAACCUUCAUGUGGAUUUCAGUCUUCCAGUUUUUCAAAAUGCUUUGUUUCGAUCAUUUUCAUAUUUUAGUUUUCCAAUGGUAGCUUUCCAAGAUUAAACCAAAGGGCUUGUGAUGAUGAUUGAAAAAAUGUGAAACUAGUUCUUGUCCUUAGAACCACUUUAGGUGCCUUUUACAAGGCUGUGUCUAUUGUGUGUGGCUUGAGUAGAGUUCUGCAUAAACCAUUAAUAUUUUAACGAUUCUUCCAGUGUUAUGGCUUAAUUCCCCAAGUCUGGUAUAGCAGAAAUAGGGAAUGAGGAAUUGAUUCUAAUGCCCUUAAACUUCCUUUCACCUCAAUUCUAUAAAGCACAAGUAUCUGUCUGCCUGAUAACAGUAUACCAGAUUUAUUUUAAAGAAAGCACUUCAAUUGUCCUUCUACUCGGAACAGAGGGAGCACAAACUGAGCGUCGUCGUCAUCAGAGCUUUGUGAUUAGGAUGGAGUGAGCUUGAUUAUUUAAUGUAGCUGUCAUUACAUUACUUGAGGUAUAACAGACCUGUGAAAAUUGCUCUAAUAGUGUAAAUUUUGAUGAUUUGUGAAUUUGACUCCCUCAGGACCUCUGCUGAUUCUGUUCUCAAUCAGAGCAAUAUAUAUAUGUUUUGACCUUAGGCGGGACCAUGCAAGAUAUUUCACUAGAACUUAUCACAAGGUAAUAGAACCACUCAUUGGGAAUGGAGUAGAAAUUGUAAGAUAAUCAUCAUCUAGGUGAAAAGGAACUGACAUCUCCAGAAUAAAAAAAUUUGAAGAAGGAAAUAAAAGUUGAUAUAAAAUUAGGUGUUGUUUUAGAAAAUGUUUUUUUUUUCCCUUGUCUAAUAAAUCAUGCACAUUUCUCAAUGUAAAAAUAGCACCUACUAGCAGUACCAAACUAAUCUGUUCUGCAUUUUUUAAAAUGCUUUUCUCGGAGAGUUUUCAAAGAUUGAACAUAAAUCCUUGAAUAUCUAUGCAUCUUAUUACUCUUGCAGAAUGCAAUACAAAUAACCAAAAUGAUCAGCUUUGAUUUUUUUGUGUUUUGAGGCCAUGCUCAGUAGGAGCUUGAACCCUAAAUGUCUACUUAGCCAUUCCAUUCUCUGUACUUUACAUUAUAUCACAUAUAUAAUAGUUUAUGAAAAAGCCAACAUUUGGCUGUUUGUUUUGGUAUUCUGUUAUGAAUAAAUGUCCCCUCACCCUGA